AUGACUGCAGACAUGUCUGCUGAGACUGCUUCUAGCGAGUACACGUAUGGUUUUUCUCUGAAUUUGUUGCAUAUCUUUGGUACUGACAAUUUAAUAACUCUUAGGCCUCGAGCAUGGCUCGCCAUCUUCGGAGCGUUCGCUUGUCUCUUCAGCACAGUUGGAUUCCUGAACUCCUUCGGGAUCUUCCAGGAGUACUACGCGACCGCGCAGCUUUCUCAGAGCCCUCAGUCGACAAUUGCAUGGAUCGCUGCGGUUUCCAUAUUUUUCCUAUUUGGCAUCUCAGUCGUGUCCGGGGCCAUGUUGGAUAUGUUCGGACCAAAGCUCAUGUCAUAUCUGGGCUCUGUUGGUACCGUGUUCGCUAUUAUGAUGACCUCACUGUGCCAGGAGUUCUACCAGUUUCUGCUUGCCCAAGGGGUUUUGUUGGGGAUUUCAAUGGCGCUAGUGACAUGGCCGAUGCUUGCUCUAGUCGGACAAUACAUCAAGCGGAAGCGGGCUGCGGCAAUGGGAAUUGUGCUUGCGGGCUCGUCACUUGGUGGCGUUAUUUGGCCCGUGGCUAUUGACAGGUUGCUCAAAAACCCUCGGAUCGGGUUCCCGUGGACGAUGCGCAUUGUCGGAUUCAUUAUGAUUCCUUGCUUUCUGUUCUCUUGCGUGGUCGCUAGGUCCCCUACUGCGCCGACGAGAACGGUGGAGUGUGGCCUUUCUCAGCAGACCGAGGACGAGAAAGAUGAAGCACCACAGGGCAAGGCCAAUGGCUUGAAAACAGUGGCACUCAGACUCUUCCGACAGAGCUCCUUCCAGCUAUUAUGUCUUGCCAUGUUCAUGAUUUAUUUUGGCAUGUUCUCGCCCUUUUUCUAUACAACCUCCUACGCGGUUCAGGAAGGCUUUUCCACCAGCCUGUCUUUCUACACUGUUUCGAUUGUCAAUGGUGCAUCGUUCUUUGGUCGCAUUCUCCCGGGCAUUGUCGCCGACAAGUAUGGGAAGCUUAACUGCUGCAUCCUGGCCACGCUCUCCGCGGGGAUCAUUGCUCUAUGCUGGACUAAAGUGACUUCGGUGGCGGGCUUGGUGAUAUGGUCAGCGGCGUAUGGAUUUGCAUCGGGGGGAAUUCUCUCCCUGCAGCAAGCCUGUGCUGCGCAGAUCGCCACACCCUCUACUAUUGGUCUUGCCAUUGGAAGUGUAUCGGGAUCUACCGCGCUAUCGGCAAUGGCAAGUGUUCCUAUUGGCGGUGCGCUUGUCGAAAAAUACGGGUAUCUCGCGAUGUCAGUGUACUCUGGAGUCUCGCUGUUAUUGGGUGGCAUACUUCUGAUUGUUGCUCGUCUGGCGCAAAACCGGAAUCUCUAUGCAGUUGUUUAG